AGUUACUGGGUAGCGGUUCAGCAUUGUAUUCUACCAUGAAGGUUCGGCUAACAUCAGUCUAGCGUUGUUACUGUAAAAUGUAAUGUUAAUGGUAUGGCCAAUUUCAUAAUAUCAAAAUGAGAUAUUGGUGAGUUGAAUUUCCUCGCCUAAAGGAAAACGUAACAUAUGCUACUAACCAACAUUCACGUGUAAAGGACUCCUAAAUUCUUGAAAUGGGUGACAUGUUUGGAAAUGAAGCAGAUAUUCUUGGGAUGAUCAAGGAGUAUCUCAACUUUGCUGAAUUUGAAGAAACAGCAAAACAGUUUGAGAAGGAAUGUAAAAUCAAGGGGAAACCGAUCCCCAAAUCUCAAGGCAAUGCUGUUCAAGAUUCUAAAGCCCUCAUCAUUCAGAAAGAUCUUAUGAGCUCAUUUGAGGAUGGCGACUACAAGGUAUUCUUUGAGCUCUGGAACGAACACAUUCCUGUAGAGGACCGUGACAGUCAUCCCACAGCUCAAAAGCUUGAGUUUUAUCUGCACAUCCAUUUCACCAUCUAUCCUCUGAAGCACUGCCUUGGAAGACCAGACCGAGGGGAUUUCGAUGAGAGGAUUACACACUUCAAACACUUUCUGGAGACCAGAGGCUCAGCACUGAGUCAGACCACUGAGUUCCUGCCGUUCUACGCUCUACCUUUCGUACCCAAUCCUGUGGCGCAUCCGUCCUUCAAGAACCUUUUCCAGGAUUCCUGGAUGCCAGAGAUGAAGGAGAAGCUUGAGAAAUUUCUCUCUACGACACUAAAAGCUUCCAACACUCCAAGAUUGGUGACCAUAUAUAGGGAAGGUUUCUCUAGCAACAAAGAUACAGUACAACAACUGCACUUGCAGUUGGCAGAAGCUGAGAGGAAGACUUCGUCCUACGUGAAAAAGUUCCAGAAGAUGCAGGCCGACUACCAUAAACUCAUCGGUGUCACAGCUGAACUGGUGGACUCACUUGAAGCCACUGUCAGUGGAAAAAUGAUUUCCCCAGAGUAUCUCCAGGGUGUGUGUGUGCGCCUCUUCAGCAACCAGAUGAGACAAAGUGUGGCCCAGAGCAUUGACUUCACCCGGCCUGGAACUGGAUAUUACUCUAUGAGCCCUUAUGAUGAUGGAUAUGCCUCCUCAAUGCUGCGUGCCUCCGUCGCACCCCCGAGGCCCAAAGACGUGCCGCUGCUGCCCUCGUUGGACUACGAGAAGCUGAAGAGGGAUCUGGCCAAUGGGUCGGAUCGGCUCAAGGCGCUCCUGCUGCAGGCGCUGCGCUGGAGGCUGACUCGGUCUGUCCACGGUGAGCAGCGUGACACCGUCCUUCAGGCCUUCAUCAGUAAUGACCUCCUGGAGCGCGUCAGCCGAAGCAGCAGCAGCUCCAGAAAGAAGACCGUGCUUCACCUGAUGAAAUCAAAAAAUGAGAUUGUCCGUCAGUACAUGGCCCGACUCAUCAAUGCUUUCGCCUCACUGUCAGAUGGCCGAAUGUACCUGUCUCAGAUCCCCUCUCUGCUGAAGAUUCUUCUGGACUCCAUGAAGACGGAGGAGAAGGACUCGCUGACCAGGGAAAACCUCCUGGGAGCCUUACAGAAACUCAGCCUCAGGCGAGCCCAGCAGACAGCCAUGAUCAGGGCUGGUCUGAUUGGCUGGCUGGUGGACGAGCUCCAUGACUCGGACUGCCUGACGGACUACACGCUGGAGUACGCGGUGGCCCUGCUCAUGAACCUGUGCCUGCGCACACAAGGCAAAAGGAAAUGUGCUGAAAAUGCCAAACAUGUGCUGAAAGUUCUGACUGACCUCCUGGGACAUGAGAACCACGAGAUCCGGCCUUAUGUGAACGGAGCCUUGUAUAGCAUACUGGGAAUCUCUGCUGUUCGCGAGGCAGCCAGAGAAAUGAGCAUGGAAGAGAUCCUUUGUUGCUAUAGCAAAGAAGAGAACCCAGAGCUCAACAGACAGAUUGAGUUUAUCAUUAAACAGCUCAAUUCAGUGGACGUAACGGAGGAUGGGGCCGAGUCGGACGAUGAAGAGGAGGAAGACGAUGACGAGGAGGAUGCAAUGGAGGCAGAUCUGGACAAGGAGGAAGUGCUCCAGCCACAGCCAAAAGAACUUUCCGGAGAGUCCUUGCUCACAACAGAGUACCUGGGGAUCAUGACCAACAUGGUGAAGGCAAAGAGGAGGUCCGGUCCGCCUGCAGGCCACAGCAUGGACGAACCCUUACAACGGCCAGUGACACCAAGUUCGCAUCGAAACACAAUAGAUUCCCGGCGAGAAGGAGACUAUCCUCUCAGCCGAGAGAGCCUCCCCCUGUCCAGGUACGACUCCCGUCCCCCUACGAGAAGUGGCAGCCGACCUAGCACCUCCGAUUCGCUGCAUCGCACCUUAGUGUCUGAGUCGGAGUGCUGGCGCUCCUCCCAGGAGUCGGGGUUGGAGGGCUCAGUGGUGGGCCAACCUCCCCCACCGGCCACCAGCGAGAGCAACGGCCACGUCACCAGUGACUCCAUCCCUGCAUUUGCAAGCCGGCCCAAGAUUCCACGCACGCCUGACACUGACGUGGGCCUCAAGCGGCACUCCCCCCUCCUGGUCCCCCAGUUCUCCCAGAGUGAGCCCCAGCAGAGCAGCCGGCCCAGCUCAUCAGGCUCUGCUGCACGGAGCCACCGACUCAGCAGCCUGUCGAAUAGGAAGUGAAAAGAUCUCUUUCACCAGGGGGAGGCCUAUCUCCAGAGGAGCAUCCAGCUUCCUGUAACAGCAUCCGCACCUCUUAUCACAGUCAGCCCAACCGAGAAUCCUCCAGAGCCAGCGAGGGAGAGGGAGCAGGAGCACGGUGAGAACAAUGACCAGGAUUGUGGCCCCCCUCGCUGCUUUCAACCCCGCCACAGAAGGACUCCUGUAACACAACACGCUCCAGCAAUAAUCACAACAAGCACUUUUUCUCCUCCUCCCCUCUCUCUCUCUCUCUCUCUCUAUUUAUCUCUUUCUCUCUUUCUCUAUCUCCCUCACUUCCACAACCUGCCUCUUCAUCAGUGAGCCCUGUCUGGGCGCCCAACACCUUUCUCCCCUUGUUCUCCUGAGACAAUGGUUUACAUAGAGUGUUAAUCCCUUACUGACAUACGUGACCUUCCUCCAGAUUGAAUUUGAAGUCCCCUUAUUUGCUCAGCUGAUGAUUUUUAACGAUAUGAAUUAUUGCCAUAUUGAGUGCAGUGAUUUGUAGUGUUUUGUUUACAUGGUAGUGGUGUUUUUGGACCAUCCAAGUCCAUCCAUUUGUGUUGGCUGAAGCUGGUACUUUUUGCUCACUCAUGGAUUUUGAAAUACUCUCAGGUGUCAAUAAAGCUUCGUCUUUAUAUCAGCCGUUCUGAGCCAGGCUGCAUUUUCUGUACAAUAUAUUUUUCUCUGUCUGUUUCUCCUUCUUUAAUGGCUCCCUCUUCAAGCCUGUGAUUGACCUUCAAGCCUGUGACAGGUGCAGCAGAGUGUAGCAUUUGAUUGCUCUGAAGUGAAAGAGAUUGGCUCCUUCUUUGAUGUGCUCAUGUUUCUUUAGCUGCCUCGCUCGCUUAAUUGCUGUAUGACCAAAUAGCUGGAGACAUGAAGGACUCCUGUAGGCUUGAUGGGUUUCAUUAAGAAUUAAGAAUAUCCACUGUAAUGGUAAUAUACACUCCAUCAUCAUUAGCUUGAAACACAGGCAUACAUUUCAUUUGAGAGCAAAUUAGACAUAUUUGUUUUCCAUUGAGUUUGACUGAAGUUUCCAUUAUUGCUUAUGCGACCUGUGCUUUUUGAUCAAUGUGGUGAAUGGACUGAAAGGAUUUGGUCAACUCUUUCAUGUCCAAGAUUGCACUACUGGUGUAGUAGUGGUCACUGCAUUUACAAAAGGAGACACUCUCUCUCAUACUGUAUGAUUGUUACAGUAUCAUUUUUGUUUACAGUGCAAAAUAUUAAUCCCACCAUGGGUUUGUAGAUGCACAGUGUAGCUAGCUGCAAUGACUGUACAGGCAUAUCAAUGCACUUUUAAUAGACUUUAGAGGUACUGCUUAACAUGUGACCAUGUAUUUUACCAGCCACAAUGUCUGCUAUUUUUGUAUAGGUACAAUAAAGAUUUUAAUAAACACA